UACAUUGUCGCUUCUGAAUCUGAGAAACCAGUCUUGUAACCAAAGUACAGAGUUACUUAACAGUGAGAGAGAGAGUGUGUGUGUGUUAUAUGCUGGUCUCUGAGCCCACACUUUGAGAACAUAAGCUCAUAUCAUAUGCGACAUUCUGGGCCAUGUUGCCUCCAAUCGAUUUCAACGAUGUGAAACAGAAGCUCUCCUCUCAGUUACGCCCUUGGCAACGCUCCUUCCAGUUCUGGGUUCGAGCCGUUGAUAUUUACACUGGAUACAAGGUUUUUCAACUGAGAGUUAAUUUCGAGAAAGAUGUGCAUAAGCGGGAAGCAAUGUGGGAAACUCAGCACGAACUUGCUGCCGAUAAGAUUUUCUCCAUGUGCACCGACCUUGGAGGUUUCUUCCUCAAGAUUGCCCAAAUUAUAGGGAAGCCUGACUUGGCCCCGGCUGCAUGGGUGAGAAGGCUUGUUACGCUAUGUGAUCAGGCUCCUGCAACCCCAUUUCACACCGUGAAACUAGUGCUGGAGAAUGAGCUGGGACUUGGUAUUGAUGAUGUGUUCGAGAGGUUCGAUAUGCAACCCCUUGGUUCUGCUUCAAUUGCUCAGGUUCAUAAAGCAAGACUGAGAGGUGAUAAAAGUGAUGUUGUUGUCAAGGUUCAACAUCCUGGAGUUCAGGAUCUGAUGAUGACGGAUAUCCAUAACUUGCAAGCUUUUGCUUUGUACAUGCAAAAGACUGAUAUCAAGUUUGAUCUAUAUUCUGUGACAAAGGAAAUGGAAAAACAGAUUGGAUAUGAAUUUGACUUCAUGAGGGAGGCUAAUGCAAUGGAAAGGAUUAGAAAGUUCUUGUAUGAAAAUAACAAAAGGACUCCUGUUUUGGUGCCAAGAGUAAUACGAGAUAUGGUUACUAGAAGGGUCCUAGUCAUGGAAUAUAUUGAUGGGAUUCCAAUAAUGAAACUUGGUGAUGAAAUAGCAAAGAGAGGCAUAAAUCCUCGUGGUAAGGUUGCAGCAGUAGCAAAGCAGAAAAUUCUUCAAAGCUUGACUAUAGCAUAUGGUCAAAUGAUUCUGAAAAGUGGAUUCUUCCACGCAGAUCCUCAUCCAGGAAAUAUCCUGAUUUGUAAAGGAUCAGAGGUUGCCUUGCUAGACUAUGGGCAGGUGAAGGAUCUCCCAGAACAGUUGAGGCUUGGUUAUGCUAAUCUAGUUCUUGCAAUGGCUGAUGGUGACCCAUUAAGAGCUUCAGAGAGCUUUAGGGAGCUUGGUAUAGACACUUUAAGCAAAUGUGAAAAUGAGCUACAAGAAAUGCUUAAACUGGCACAGACAAUGUUUGAUACAAAAUUGCCUCCUGGGGUGAAAAUGCUGCAACCUUUCUCAGAAGAAUCUUCAAUAAAAAAAAUUGCUGUUCAGGCUUUUCCAGAAGAACUGUUUUCUGUACUUCGGACAGUGCAUCUACUGAGGGGACUUAGCGUUGGACUCGGAAUCAAUUAUUCUUGUGCAGAACAGUGGAGACCCAUUGCAGAAGAAGCUUUGUCUCGAGCUGGCAGAUUAAAAGGUAAGGAUGUUAAGCUCAGAGGUGGCAGACGCGGUUUAGAAAAAAAAUUACUUUGGAGAGACUAAAGUUGCAGGUCUUGAUCAAUCUAUCUGCGUUUAGUUUGUUGAUUAACUCCUCAAUUCUUUGUGUGACACAAUGAGGAAAGGUAAAUACAAAUUAUUUCUCUUCAAUGAGGUGUAUAGGUUUGACAAUGAUGGGGAUCACAAUAAGAUUUUGUAAUGCCUCUCACCAGGUAGAUUUUGAUAUAUUUGUUAAGUUGCAAAUCUGAGAUAGUGAAAAAUGAAUUGCAUAGGAAAUUACUCUAUGGA